CAUUGGAGGCCCGGAAUAUGGUAAGUAUCCGCAAAAAGUCAUGAUAUUAGAUCACUGAUUAAGAUACGCGAUGUAUAGAACAAGAUUGGCCCAGUGCUGUUCAGCACUUGUUCAGCUGUGGCAGGCUGAAUAUUGGAUUCAACCUCAUAACAAAUUUCUGACACUGCCGCCGGAGCAUGAUGCUUAUACGUUUACUGAAACGAGACCCUACGAAGAGUCCACAAAUUCUCCGAUGGUCUGUACACAUCAUCGAUUGGGAAGUCUUCCUUCAAUUGGGAGGGACAUAGUAGGGUCAUUUAGCUUCCUAUGCCUUCAGGCGACUCGGAUUUAUCGAUAUUCCCCUGAUUCCAGUGCCAUUGGAUCACAUCCCACGACUUACGGUCACCGUCCGUCAUUAUGACUCAUUUUCAUGUAUUCCGUUCUGUCAAGAACCUUCUUCCACUGCUAGGGGCAACCCACUGUCGGUUGUUGCCGUGCGGACGGCCCUCAAGCUUUUGGCGCUCAGACAAAGCAAUCCACUCCAGUCAAUCACAAUCGAUAGACUAAAUCCCCCACAACCCCGCUCGAUGCCGCAAUGACACUG